AUGACUGACCAACUUUGCUCAAGCUGUCAUGAGCCUCUGCUCAUCGAGGUUGAGCCAGAUAGUGAUGUUGAGGAGAGCAAGGCGGCAGCCCAAGCAACGAGUGUCCCCGAUGAUGUGGAAUUGUCCUGUGGCUGCCAUUACCAUUGGGAGUGUUUUCUAGACUCCUACACAAUUACACAAUGCCCCAACUGCGCCAAAGACAUAUCCUCUCUUUCUCCCAGUGGAUCGCAACAGGUGCUGGUUACUCUCCGGAAUGAAGGCGGCGUCCAAGAGCGCUAUGAUAUCCUCCCAGCAGCCACCGAAGAAGCCUACCUGCGCGCAUAUCCCGAAGAGCGGAAAGGCCACGCCUAUCUGGAAUUCUGCCGCGAGGGUGACAUCGAUGCUAUCAUCCACAUGAUCAAGGACUCCGAGGAAGACGAGGAAGAGGAAGAAGAAGAAGAAGAAGACGGGGAGACUGCUGAUAUAUUGCGAUACCGGGGCACAUUCGAGGGUAUCGAAGGCUCGGGGUUACACGUCGCCAUUCGAUACAACCAGCAAGAGGUGGCAUGGUUAUUGCUGGCUCUCGGAUCCCAACUUGACUGGACGAAAUUUCCAUCACUCGUUCUCCAAGCAAUGCAAGGUCUGGGAUUGCGCAAAGAAGACAGGAAGGGUGAGCCAGAUAUUAGGACUCUGGUAGACAGCGAUGGGCGAACACCCGCUGCAUUGGCACAGGAGCUCGGAGGCUUGUGGACAGAAUGGCUCAGUGAGGGCCGAUUGAUUCCCUGA